UCGGUGGCCGCAGGACGCAGCCCAGCCCAGCCCAGCCGCCAUGGACGCCUCCAAGCGAAAGUCGAACCCGAACCCGCGCGCCACCGCCAACCCGCUGUCCGUGCUCACCUUCUGGUGGAUGAAGGACCUCUUUAUUCUCGGCGCUAAAAAGGACCUCGAGGUAGAUGACCUGUUUGACACACUUGAAGGUGACCUGUCAGAAGACCUCGGACUGAAACUUGAAGCGAACUGGCAGAAAGAACUGGCUGCAGCAAAUAGAAAGGAGAAAAGGAAACCAAGUCUUUUGAGAGCAAUUUAUCAUACAUUUGCUGGUCAAUUAUUAUACCAAGGAAUACUCUCAGGCAUAGCUAUAUUUGUACUUAGCACAGCAAAACCAGUGCUUUUGGGUUAUCUACUGAAGCAUUUUAAUCCUGGAUCAACAGUCACAAGGGAAGAGGCCUUUUGGUAUGCAGGAGCCCUCAUAGCUGUUCUGUUUGUGAACAUGACACUGUGGCACCAAGUUAAUCUGUUGGGACAGCGUAUUGGAAUGAGAGCAAGAAUUGCUUGUUGUUCAGUUAUCUACAGAAAGAUAAUACGUCUGAGUAAAACAGCUCUGGGCCAGACAGCGGCAGGUCAGAUGGUAAAUCUUCUUUCAAACGAUGUGAACCGGUUUGAUGUACUACCGCAAUUCUUACAUUAUAUAUGGAUGACUCCAAUUGAAACAGUGAUUGUUACAUACUUUCUGUGGCAAGCAGUGAACUGGGCAUCAAUUAUUGGAGUUGUUGGUUUGUUUUUGCAGACUGUUCCUGUACAAACAUACAUGACCAAACUGACUACAAGGUUUCGUUUGAAAGUUGCUGUGAGGGCAGAUAAUAGAAUAAGGCUGAUGAAUGAAAUAAUCACAGGAAUUCAAGUGAUAAAAAUGUAUGCCUGGGAAAAGCCUUUUGAAAAAAUGGUCGAAUUGGCUCGAAGAAAUGAAGUCAAGGCUCUGAGAGGAUCUUCUUACUUAAGAGGUGUUUACAUGGCUUUCAUGGUGUUUACAGAAAGAACAUCAUUGUACAUUACUGUGAUUGCAUACGUUCUGCUGGGGAACACCAUUACAGCAGAUAGGGUAUUUUCAUUGGCACAAUUUUUCAACUUACUGCAGUUGUGCAUGGCCAUAUGUUAUCCACAGGCAGUUCAGAGUUUAGCUGAAACCAGAGUAUCCAUUUCAAGAAUUGAGCUUUUCUUGUUACAAGAAGAACACAUACCAAAAAUGCCAGUACCAAGUAAUCUCAAUGGAAGUGAGAAGGAGAAAGAAAAAGAAAGUAAAGUAGGUGUUGUUAUGAAUAAAGUAUGUGCUAAAUGGAGCCCUGCUUCUAUAACAGAGACUUUAACAGAUGUCACUCUGCAUAUAAAGCCAGGAACGUUAUGUGCAAUUGUGGGCCCAGUUGGAUCAGGAAAGAGCUCACUGAUUCAUGCAAUUCUCCAAGAGUUACCUCUGAGCUCAGGUUCACUGGCACUUGACAGAACCGUCUCGUAUGCUUCUCAAGAACCAUGGCUUUUUGUUGGUUCUGUACGGCAGAAUAUUUUGUUCGGACAGCCUUAUGAACACAAAAAAUAUCAACAAGUUGUCAAUGCCUGUGCAUUGAAAAGAGACUUUGAACUCUUUCCAUUUGGAGACAAGACAAUUGUAGGUGAACGAGGAGUUUCUCUCAGUGGUGGACAAAGAGCAAGAAUAAACUUAGCAAGAGCUGUGUACAGAGAUGCUGACAUAUAUUUACUGGAUGAUCCACUGUCAGCAGUUGACACACAUGUUGGGAAGCAACUGUUUCAGGAUUGUGUCAAUGGUUACUUGGCUACAAAGACACGUAUUCUGGCCACUCACCAGCUGCAGUAUCUAAAGGAUGCUGAGCAGAUAGUCAUACUCAGAAAUGGCAGAAUAGAAGAUCAGGGUACAUUCACUGAGCUUCUGACAAAUAAAUCUGACUUUUCAAAUUUGCUUGUCAGCAGCCAAGAAGAGACUGAGAAGUUGAAGGAAGCAGUAACAGCCAAACUUUUGAAAAACCAAAUGUCAGUUGUAUCAACUUAUAGUUCUGUACCUGAUGAAGAUGAAGAGGGUGAUGAACCAGAAGAAACUGCUGAGAUGAUAGAAAGAGGCAAAUUGAACAAGACCCUCUACAGAGAUUAUUUCAGGGCUGGCUCAAGCUACUUGCUACUUGCUUGGCUUGUAUUUGUUCUUGCAGUUGGGCAGUUUGCAUCCAAUAGUGCUGAUUACUGGGUUACUUACUGGACAAACCAAGAGCAGCUAAAAAUGGAUAUUAUGAAUAAGAGAAUGUCAUUUGAACUGGCACAAGUUAUUAAUACCACAAAUGAAAAUCUGCCUGCUAAAUUUCUUUCGGGACUGUCAACACCACCCGACUAUCAAAACUUUACUAAUCCUACAGAAGCAAAUGAGCCUGUUUACAUGGCUGAAACAGUGAACCAGACAGCUUCAGUAUAUACUGAAGGAGGUGACAGUGUUACAGAGGUCAUCUCUCAAAUCUACAAUGAAACUGAUGGAAAAAAGCCAGAGGCAUUUGAAAAUUUAAAAGUUUCCGAAUUGAAUAUGAAUGAAACAGAUGACAAAAAUUAUGUGACUCCUGCAUCCUUCACCAGAGAUGAAUACAUCAUUAUAUACACUAUAUGUAUUGCGGGCAGUGUAUUUAUUACAACAUAUAGAUCAUUUGUCUUCUUUAAAGUCACCAUGAAUUCAUCACAGGGGCUACAUAACAGGAUGUUUAAUGCCAUACUGAAGGGUUCAAUGAGAUUUUUUGACACAAAUCCAUCAGGUCGAGUACUGAAUCGUUUUUCCAAAGACAUGGGAGCCAUUGAUGAAUUGCUGCCAAGAGCUAUGCUUGAUGCCACACAGAUCUUCCUAGUUAUGACUGGAAUUCUUGUUAUGGUUGUGAUUGUGAAUUACUAUUUCCUAGUAAUUAUUUUAAUUAUUGGUCCACUGUUUUACAAAAUGCGUGAAAUUUAUCUACGAACAGCACAGGACAUCAAAAGACUUGAAGGAACCACUCGGAGCCCUGUUUUUUCGUAUAUAUCAGCUUCUUUAAAUGGCCUUACCACUAUUAGGUCUUCAAAAGCUGAGAAAAUGGUUGUGAAGGAAUUUGACACCCUUCAGGAUUUGCACACAUCAUCAUGGUACAUGACUAUUACUGCUAACACAGCUUUUGGUUUCUGCCUUGACGUGAUAAGUGCAAUAUUUGUUUCACUUGUGAUACUCAGCUUCUUGACAAUAGACACAGGUGCUAUGAGUGGUUUUGUAGGACUUGCUAUUGCUCAGUCACUAAUUCUCACUGGAAUGCUGCAGUAUGGUAUUCGGCAGCUGACUGAAGUUGUUAGUCAGAUGACUUCUGUGGAAAGAGUUCUGCAGUAUAACAAUAUUGAAAGGGAAGGCCCAUUUGAUUCUGAACCAGGAAAGAAACCGUCAGUCCACUGGCCUACAAAGGGUGAAGUUCGCUUUGAGAAUCUAAGUCUCUUGUAUGUUCCGACAGAACCACCAGUCUUAAGAGAUCUUGAUUUCACUAUACAAGCUGGGCACAAGGUGGGCAUUGUUGGCAGAACAGGAGCUGGAAAAUCUUCACUCAUUGCAGCAUUGUUUCGUUUAGCAAAACUGGAAGGAGCCAUUUACAUUGAUGACAUAAAUACUAAAUCUGUCGGUUUGCAUGAUCUUAGGAAACGCAUUUCGAUUAUUCCUCAGGAACCAGUGUUGUUCUCAGAAACAAUUCGAUACAAUCUGGAUCCAUUUCAGGAAUUUCCAGAUCACCAGAUAUGGAAUGCUUUGGAAGAGGUGGAACUGAAAGAUGCUGUGGAUACACUGGAGUUCCACGUAAAUGAAGGGGGAAGCAACUUUAGUGCUGGACAGAGACAACUGAUAUGCCUUGCUAGAGCAAUUCUUAGAAAUAAUAAAGUACUAGUGCUUGACGAAGCUACAGCAAAUGUUGAUCCACAGACUGACAGCUUUAUACAAAAGACCAUCAGAACAAAGUUCAGGGACUGCACUGUGCUUACUAUUGCGCACAGGCUCAAUACUAUAAUGGACUCAGAUAAAGUUCUAGUGAUGGAUUCUGGGAGAAUGGUGGAAUAUGCACAUCCACAUGUGCUUCUCCAAAUACCAGAUGGACACUUCACUAAAAUGGUUGAACAGACAGGAAAGUCAAUGGAAGCACAGUUAAGACAAGUGGCAAAAGAGGCAUAUGAUCAACAACAGACUGAAAGUGUGACAUGAAAUAAUGGCACAUUUUGUGGGAGGAAUUUGUGUUACCAGUAUUAAGUAAUUUAUUUAUUUGAAGAAAAAAUUUGAAGGCAUUUAUAAUGCUUUCAUCAUGGAAAGUUCCUACUCGACUCACAGCCACAAAGGGCUCGUAUACUUGUAAUUACUAGUUACACUAUUUCUUUGUGGUCAGAUGUUUAUUUUGUACUCUAACUGAGUGAGGAAACAACUACAAAGUGCCUGAAGACGUAGAAGACAACUGUGGUUAUGCUGUGUGUUGGAAGAAAAUGAAGAGGAAGCUCAGGAAAUAUUGGCGGCUAUUUUUCCUUACUGUUAUUACUGUGUCAAGAGACAAUCCCUGAAAUAUUUUUCUAAGUACAUACUGUUUUCUUAUUUUCCUGUAAAUUUUCUUUUAUAUUUUGGUAACUGUAAAUGUGAUUUUAUAAGAUCAUUGUAGACUGUGAAGCUGUUGUCAUGUUAAUAGUACUUGUUUACUGUGUCAUAAACUUUGAUGUACAACAGAGUUUGUGGAAAAGGAUAAUCAAAAACAGUUUCAUCAAAUGAUAAUCAAAAACAGUUUCAUCAUUCAGCAUUUUAGGAACAAGGUCUUCCAUUAAUAAAUUCCAUAUUCAAAAAGAAACUGCUCCCAUAAAAAUGCCAGAUCACUGUCAAAAUUUACUUCCAUAAAUAUAACCUAUAUUUACACGUAAAAGAAAAAGGAAAAUAUCAACUAUUUGUUUAAAAAUUAGAAAAUAUCAUCCUUUUCCCAAAACAGCUGAUUUUUGGCAGUUGUCAUCCUUUAUUGCUGUGUGUUGUUUACAUCAUGAAACUGUAUUCUGUAUUAUUCUACUACAGUUUUACUUGUAAGCAGUUUUGCAUCUUGUAAGUUGUAAGUGUGCCAUGUACUUUCUGUUAUGGGUCAACAGAGAUUGGUCUAGAUAUGUGGUUCUGACUUAUUUUCACAAUUUCAUUGCAGUUCUGAAUUUGUGGAAAUAUUGUGAAUAUUGAAACUUGCUGGCAGAUUAAAACUGUGUGCCGGACCAAGACUCAAACUUGGGACCUUAUUAAUUUGUGAAUAUUGUAAGAAAGUGAUUGGAAU